CAGCUGCCGCCAGCGUCUUUGCGCAACACCUCGGCUAUAUAUACCCGGGCCGCCGCGCUCCACCUGGGUGCCUCCCUGGGCCCUGUACCUGCUCGGGAGCGCUGACCAUGGCUCCUUGGCCUGAGUUGGAAAAUGCCCAGCCCAACGCCAGUAAAUACAUCGAAGGGACCACAGGUCAGGAGUCCACCGGGCCUGCGAAAGGCAAGGAGACUGACAAAAGUGACACGGGGACCCCAGUAACCAAGAUUGAACUUCUGCCAUCCUACUCUACUGUCACACUGAUAGAGGAGCCCACAGGGGAUGCAGACCCCUGGGACCUGCCUGCGCUUCAGAACACCGGGAUCAAGUGGUCAGAGAGAGACACCAAAGGGAAGAUCCUCUGUGUCUUCCAAGGGAUUGGGAAAUUCGUUCUGCUCCUGGGAUUUCUCUACUUUUUCGUGUGCUCCUUGGAUGUGCUCAGCAGUGCCUUCCAGCUGGUUGGAGGAAAGGUGGCCGGGCAGUUCUUCAGCAACAACUCUGUCAUGUCCAACCCAGUGGCAGGGCUGGUGAUUGGUGUGCUGGUGACCGUCCUCGUACAGAGCUCCAGCACCUCUUCAUCCAUUAUCGUCAGCAUGGUGGCCUCCUCGUUGCUGACCGUGCGCUUUGCUAUCCCCAUUAUCAUGGGGGCCAAUAUUGGGACCUCAAUCACCAACACCAUCGUGGCGCUCAUGCAGGCAGGAGACCGGAGUGAGUUCAGAAGGGCUUUUGCAGGGGCCACCGUCCACGACUUCUUCAACUGGCUCUCCGUGCUUGUGCUCUUGCCCCUGGAGGCUGCCACCCAUUACCUGGAGAUCCUGACCAACCUGGUGGUGAACACAUUCCAUUUCAAGAAUGGAGAGGAUGCCCCGGCACUUCUGAAAGUGAUCACAGAUCCCUUCACAAAGCUCAUUAUCCAGCUGGAUAAAAAAGUUAUCAACCAAAUUGCAAUGAAUGAUGAAGCAGCAAAAAACAAGAGUCUGAUCAAGAUUUGGUGCAAAACGUUUACCAACGUGACUCAGAUGAAUGUCACCGUCCCUGCACCUGAAAACUGCACCUCGCCUUCCUUCUGUUGGACGAAUGGCUCCCACACCUGGACCAUCAAGAAUGUGAGCCACCAGGAGAAUAUCACUAAAUGCCAGCACAUCUUUGUGAAUUCCAGUCUCCCGGAUCUGGUUGUGGGCGUCAUCCUGCUGCUGGUCUCCCUGCUGGUCCUCUGCGGCUGCCUGAUCAUAAUCGUCAAGAUCCUGGGCUCCGUGCUUAAGGGGCAGGUAGCCGUCGUCAUCAAGAAGACGCUCAACACAGAUUUCCCCUUUCCCUUUGCCUGGCUGACAGGCUAUCUGGCCAUCCUCGUGGGGGCAGGCAUGACCUUCAUCGUGCAAAGCAGCUCUGUGUUCACAUCUGCUCUGACCCCAUUGAUUGGAAUCGGUGUGAUAAGCAUUGAGAGGGCGUAUCCGCUCACGCUGGGCUCUAACAUCGGUACUACCACCACUGCCAUCCUGGCCGCCUUAGCCAGUCCAGGCAAUACUCUAAAGAGCUCCCUCCAGAUUGCACUGUGCCACUUUUUCUUCAACAUCUCAGGCAUCUUGCUGUGGUACCCAAUCCCAUUCACCCGCCUGCCCAUCCGCCUGGCCAAGGGACUGGGCAACAUCUCAGCCAAGUACCGCUGGUUUGCCAUCUUCUACCUCAUCAUCUUCUUCUUCCUGAUCCCGCUGGCGGUGUUCGGCCUCUCGCUGGCCGGCUGGCCCGUGCUGGUGGGCGUGGGGGCGCCCAUCAUCUUCGUGCUCCUCCUGGUGGUGCUGCUCAGGCUCCUGCAGUCCCGCUGCCCCGGCGCCCUGCCCGCGAAGCUGCGGAGCUGGCACUUCCUGCCGCUGUGGAUGCGCUCCCUGCAGCCCUGGGACGACGUCAUCUCGCUGCUCGUUGGCUGCUGCCAGAGACGCUGCUGCCGCGUAUGCUGCCUGCUGUGUGGCUGCGGCAGGUGCUGUCGCUGCAGCAAGUGCUGCGAGGACCUCCCGGAGGCGCAGGACACCCCCAUCAAGGCCCCCGAGGCCUUUGACAACGCGGCCAUGAGCCGAGAUGCCCUGGACGAGGACCCCAAGUCCCAAGCGGAAGCCCCGGGCACGGAGACCAUGUCCAGCAGCACAGCCUUGUAGGGCCGCCCAGAGGGGGCAGCAGGCCCCAGGUCCGCAGCGCCUGCUCCCUGCUGGCUCUGCACGCCUCUCUCCGCCUCGCGGGGAUUUGCCCUCCCUGAGGAGCGGAGGUGACCUCAGUCCUGACUCUCAUGCCCCUUAGCCCAGCGGAACAGCUCGCCCUGUACUUUCAUCUCACCCCUGCUCCCAGCGUCUUCCUCACCCAGGAAGGCGUGGAUUUCCAAACCUCCUCUCAUUUCCCACGGAUAGAGGAACUUUGAUUUCCUGCCGUCUGUCCAGGCCUGCAAAGCUCCCACCUUCUCUCAGAGGGUGGGAAGCAGGGCGUGACUGGACCGCCCCCAGAGUCACUGUGGUCAAGCAGCAGGAGGGGUCCGCGCGAGUCUCCGGGUCCGUGUGCUCCUUCCCGCCCCGGAUGCCUCUCAUGCCGUCCAGAGCCCUCCGCUGACUUCACACCUCCUCCAUCCACAGCUCGUCGCCCUGAGCAAUCCCAGUUCUCCUCGGAGAGUGAGUGACCUUCAGCCAACUCUGAGAAGGUGGGGCGGGAGGGUCGGUAUCGCCAUCUUGGCUUAUCUAUCAUCUUAACAGGUUGGAAUACAAACUGAGCCCUACCCUGACUCCCCCAGUGUAGAUACCAAUUCCCAAACGGAGCCACUUAUACUCCGUUUUUAUAGUCAUGCACUUGUACAGCAUUUUUCGUAAGUUAUACAAUAAAUAGUCAUGGGAUUCGUGUUUUAUAGUGCUGUCUUUGGAAAUGAUGUUGGGCUCUACUAUGAAGUAUAAAUACCACCUCUGUAUGUUUUGUAAGGCCACCUUUUCACCCUGCCUCUGUAGCCACGCCCCGGCCACACUGUAAAUAUGUAAGUUAAACCUGUUCGGGGCUGCGGCCCUGUACACUCUGAUUUUUUAAAAACUGGGUCCUUGUGCCUGCUUUGACUGUAUUUUUUUUACUGGUUGUGGGAAGGGAGAAAUAAAACAAUCAAACCCAAAA